AGACAGAGCUUACAGAGCAGAGCACAAAGUAACUGCGGGCAGGGCAUUGCUGCACAGAGCUGAGGCAGCAACAAUAACACAAGCCAGUCUUUUUCUCCAGACAAUAGGACCUGUGUUUGGGUUGAGCAUGGGACUGCAUGGGUCUAAGCACCCUCAGCAGGCUCAGAUUGUGAUGCUGGGCCUGGACAGCUCGGGGAAGUCCACCCUGCUCUACAAGCUCAAGUACAACGAGUCUGUCAUCACCGUGCCCACCGUGGGCUUCAACGUGGAGAUGCUGGAGACGGAGGCGAGGGGUCCGGGGUUGACCGUGUGGGACGUGGGAGGCCAGCAUAGGAUGAGGCCCCACUGGAAGCACCACUACAUGGGCACAGAGGCCCUGGUGUUUGUGGUGGACAGCUGGGACCGCAGGCGUCUGGAGGAGGCAAAGAAAGAGCUCCAUCAGGUGCUGAGGAGCGGGAGUCUAAAGAGCAUUCCUCUGGUGGUGCUGGCCAAUAAGCAGGACCUCCCUGGGGCAGCAAGCCCACUGGAGAUCACCCACAGGUUGGACCUGAGGAGGGUAUGUGGGAACAGGGACUGGUUUGUCCAGCCGUGCUCUGGGAGGACUGGUGUGGGCCUGGAGGAAGGCUUCAGAAGGGUUGCCUAUCUGUUGAAGACUUCACUAAAGCAGACUGAGGCGGAUAUAAAGAACAGAGUAAAACAACUGAAGCCCAAAGCCAUUACGAUGAUGACCAAGACACAAGGCCUGGGCUGCAGCUAGGACCAGUGAUUAUAAAACCCUGUGGAUGGGUGUAAUAAUCUCCCUUGGAUUAUUUUGUAUUCUUCUUCAGGAUUAUUUUGAGCAGAGUAGGUGAAGAUUCAGAAUGCCCUGUGUUGGAUCAUUCAUACUUGAAUAUGGGAACCAGACUCUCCAGAACAAACUUCAGAUCACAACGUAUCUCACGCUGAAAGCUAUCAUUUUGCACGUUUGUUGAUUGUUCAAAAGGGUUGUAUGAUUUUGAUACAUCAAUGUGAA